AGCAUGGGUUUUAAACUGCUCUGAUUGGUUGGGAAAGCCCCGGCGUCUUUCUAGUGACGGAACCACAUACGUACUCGACCUGUCCUUGAAGCCACAAUAGAGGCAAGAUGGUUGCAUACUGGAGACAAGCAGGCCUAAGCUAUAUUCGCUUCUCCGCAAUCUGCGCCAGUGCGGUGCGAGCAGCGUUGAAGCCCCAGUUGAAAUCCGAGGCAAUGAAGGCCGCGGAGUCUAGCGUCAAAGUCCUUAAACCUAAGACAGCCGCAUGAUCUGUGACAAGGGUGUUCAUAGUUUUACUUGGAGGAUGACCUGUCAGCGUCCCACCCUGCACUUCCUGUUGUGAAUGGCUGAUGAAUUAAGAACUGAUAAGAUCAUCACUUGAGAGACUGGGGACCUAAAUGGCUUACAAUUUAUUGUUUGUCUUUCUCUUUCAUGUGUAAUUAAGAAAAAUGUAUUAAAGAUAUGGAAAUUGGAACGA